UGGGUUUUAAAAUAAGUUCUGUUAAAGUAGUGUAUUUCUUAGUCAUUUUGUGGCUUAUUGCACUUCCGGAACCAACUACUGACAAACUUCCUCUUUUUCUACAGACACCAUUUCAGUUUGCUGGAGGACCAUUUUUAAUCUAAAUGGAACCACCCCUUUUGCUUUCUUAGCCAAAUCACCAAAAUGUCCAGUUAGAACAAGAAUUUAGCAUCCUGCAAAAGAAGUUAACAGCUGAGUGGUAAAAAGGAAACAUUCUGAAAUGGAUCCCAAGUAUUUCAUCUUAAUUUUGUUUUGUGGAUACCUGAACAAUACAUUUUCCUCAGAGACAAAUGCAAAUGCAACAGAGUCACAACCACAGUCUGCUUUACUUACAUCACCAAUGCCAUAUGUCUUGGCUAAUUCUCAAAACACAACAGGGAACCCUUUGGGUCAAUCAACACAACUCAACGACAUUUCCUCUGGACCAUCAACUGCCAAAGUUGCUGCUGGACAACCAACAACAGCAGUUGCUGUUGGAAAACCAGCAGCACAUACUACUGCUGGACAACCAUUUACCUAUAACAUCACCAGACAACCAUCACCCACGGCCAACACCAUCUCCAAACAAACAGCACAACCUGUGUUCACCUCUGGCAGACAACUACCAACAUCUGCCCAUACUUCUAUCAGACAAUCGCCACCAUUUGUCUAUCAAUCCACUCAACGACCAUCAACUGUUCACACCUCUUCUGGAAAACCAGUACCACCGACUAUUCAAAAUCUAUCCAUACAACCAACACCAGCUGUCAAAAGUUCACCUAGGUUUACACCAGGAUUCAUCACAAAAGAUACUGGUAACACACAAAUGCCACAUAAAAGCAAUUCUAGUUCAACAGCUGCCAUAAUAGUUGGUGUAAUUCUGGUUUCUAUGUUGGUAGCGAUUAUCAUGAUUGUGCUAUGCAAAUGCUUUAGAAAACCAGUUUUAAAUGACCAAAAUUGGGCAGGCAGAUCUCCAUUCGCUGAUGGUGAAACCCCUGAUAUAUGUUUGGAUAACAUCAGAGAGAAUGAAGUAUCCACAAAACGCAAAUCAAUUAUUUCACUUAUGGCCUGGAAACCAGGCAAAAGCACACUUUUAGCAGAUGACUUAGAAAUUAAGUUGUUUGAAUCAAGUGAAAACAUUGAUGAUUCCAACAACCUCAAAACAGAGAAAAUAAAAGAUCAAGGAAAUGGUACAUCUGAGGAUAGUGCUGGUGGAUCAACAAUUGGCACUGCCGUUUCUUCAGAUGACGCAGAUCUGCCUCCUCCACCUCCCCUUCUUGAUUUGGAAGGACAGGAGAGUAACACACCUGACGAACCCACAAUGACAACGACAACGGUAUCUCCUCUUCCAAAUGAUUCCACCAAUCUCCCACCAUCUCUGGACUGUCUCAGUCAAGUCUGUGAAGAUCAUAAUUCUGAGUACGAACAGUCACUUCCGCCUCCCCUUGACUCACCUAACUUGAACCUGCCACCAGAUCUGAUGAAAACCCUUGAAGAUUCCAACAAUGAGAUCCAAUGUCAGGAGUUAUGUAUUCUUCCUAACUCUGAGCAAGAUCUCAAUGAAUCCCUGCCACCCCCACCUGCAGAACUGUUAUAAACAUCACAGCUUGCUUAUUAGCUGAUUUUUCAUCCUUUUCAAAGGACUCUCUAUCUUUUGUUUUUCUUCAUGUGAUGAAAGAUAUUAAGUGGCAACUGAUAGCCAAUUUUGAUUUUUAUUCAGGAACUACUUAAAAUCUGCCCAAAGCCCAUGUGCAUAGGUAAAGCUUAAUUUUUUUUUUUAAUAUAUAACAGUGAUCUAUUGACUGGCUAUAGCCUCUAACUUUAAUGUAGAGUAUAUUUUACAUAUGUGGAUGGUAUAUGUGUCAAUAACUUAACCAUUUUGGAAAUGAAUAACCUAUGUAUACUUGGUAUCACCCAAUAGUUCCCCCCUCCCAAAAGCUGUGUAUCAAGUUACCUUGAAUAAAUAAAAUUUUAUUUUUCCAUUUCAAAGUUGUAAACAAAGCUCCAAAUUUUAAAUUAAUACCUCUAGUAUUAAAAUAAAUAUUCUAAGUUCAUGGGGAUGAGUGAUUAAAAUGCAUGUUUAAAAAUGGAGAAAUUUCCUUUUAGCUCUCAUUGGAAAUAGUAAAGCAAACACACUAAAAUAUCAAAUUUGGGGGUUGGGGAAAUUUACUCAGGAAAAAAUGGGCAUGUACCAUAAAAUGUAGACAUUUUCCUACCUUAUUGGGGGAGCACAAAUUUUGAAACUAGCCUCUUUAUAUGCCUGAAGAACUCUAACAAAAUGAAAUUUUA